AUGACCUACGACCUUGUUAACCGCCGAGACACAGUGGUGAGACACCACAGCGGGAUAGUGGACUCGAGAAAAUCGGUGCAACAGUAUCUCGACCGAGGUGUGCCCCGCGAUAAGGCGAACCUGGGGCUCGGUUACUUUGUGAAAUGGGUCAUGACGGAAGAUUGCAAGAGAGACCAUAUUCUGGGGUGUCCAACACAGUUACUAGAAGACCCCAAAACCGGCGGCGACCUUGGCAGGGUAUCGGCAUUCAGCUGGCAUGACAGAGUGCCGGACGAGGUGAGCGAGUCCUUUUCAAGGGCCCUGACAGACGGCCGGUACUUCGAAGACGGAAGCUACGGAUAUUGGGACGAGCAUGAGCAUCGCUGGUGGACCUUUGACACCGUUGAGGUCAUUGAACGGAAGAUGAUGGAGUUGGUGGGCGCAAUGGGGCUCGGUGGGGUUUUCGCCUGGGGUCUCGGCGAGGACGCGACCGAUUUUACAAGACUUGCAGCGACGGUCCACGGUGUGCAUGCUGUUGCUGCAGCGCGUGAAUCAGAAAAGGAUGAGCUGUGA